GUUGCUUGGCAACAGCUGUUCCCUAACUGUCAGCUUCUGUUUGCCUGAUCAAACUGGAGCUUAUCAUUUCUGGGACUCACAGAGUUACGCUCUGGUUGGUAGACGGCCGGUGGUUAAAAGUUCAUAUUUCUUCUUUAGUGCUGAGCUGACAAAAAGGAGGCCACAGUGAUGUUCUCCACCCUGAGGAAGUUCUUCUGCUUUAAGAAAGAGCCAAAAACUCCCUUGGGGUUUUGUGAUGGCCCGAGCAGCGGAAAGGGGAGAUUGUCCUGUUGUGACUGUGGGACCGAGGAUAGGUACCAACAGCCUUAUGACCCAGAAAAUAAAUUUCAUGAAGCUGUGUGUCAAGGAAGGAUCAAAAUGGUGCUGAAGCUCCUUUCUAAGAAGAAGUUUGACGUAAAUGACAAGGAUAAAAGGGGACGAACCGCACUCCACUUCGCCUGUUUUUAUGGUCACCUGCAUCUGGUUUAUUUCCUCUUACAUAAUGAAUGCGACGUAAAUGAACUUGAUGAUCAAAAGUCCACACCACUAAUGAAGGCUGUACAAAGCUGGGAGACAAAAAUUGUUUCUGUUCUCCUUGAUAACGACGCAAAUCCCAAUAUUAAAGAUUCCAAGGGAGAAACAGCAUUACAUCAUGCAGUAUAUGUAGACAAGCCUGAUAUUGUUACCAUUCUUCUUAAAUUUGGGGGAAAUAUUGAAGAAACUACAAAGGAUGGAUUCACCCCUCUGCUGCUAGCACUCCGAGAAAGGAAACUCCUCAUGUCAGAACAUUUAAUAGCUCAUGGUGCAAACAUUUAUGCAUGUGAUGAUUUUCGAAGAACAACACUCAUGUAUGCAGUUAAAUGGGAUUCUGAAGAUAUUGUUGAGAUUUUACUGAAGAAAGAUGUUGAUUACUCCUUAAAGGAUAUCUUUGGAUGGAACGCACUGCAGUAUGCCAUGGCAGGAAAGCGCAAAGUAAAGAGUAUAAUUUUGGACUAUGAGGAAUCACUAUUCUCAAGUCAACACAGUGUCUUCGUAGGAAAUCAGCUCGGAGACAUCUCUCAAUCAGGGUAGGAUUUUGGAGUGUUUAAGAAUGAAUGUUAAGUUAUAAUUUGAACCAGGGGAAAGAAGCUAGUGUCUACUGGAUGUAUUCUUGACUGUAUUCCAUGUGAUUCACUUAAUGUACUUUAUGUAUUAGUAUAAUCAUAUGUAUUUAAGCAUUUAUAUCAUUGUAAUUAAGUGUCUUACUAGUUUAGCAACUGUCACCCAAAGAGUUUGAUUAAUUCCAAGUGGCCAGUUCAUGAAUUAAAGGUCAGCCUGUGCAUUUUCUUGUUCCUCUAACUACACUGAGAUGGUCCCAUAUAGAAAGCCAGUUUUUGUUAUGUGCCACCUCUAGGUUAGAGUUUUCCUGAGAAACCUAGCUGUAGCUCAAUAGUUUGUCUGAGUCUUUUGGCAGUUGCUGUUACUCAGCACAUUGGUACAUCAGACUACCAUCAAAAAUGGGAGGGAAAAACCUCACUUAACUGUGUGCACAGUGUCAUAGGUUUGAAAUGAACAAGAUGAGAGAAAUCUUGGAUUUAUUUUAUUAGAAUUGUACUGCAUGUGCACAUACACCAUGAUAUGUGUAUCAUGUUUAGCAACUAUUUAAAGAGCAUUAUUAAUUUAUUCUCAGAUUUGUUUUCUCUUUAAACUUCCCAAGUAAAGGAAGGAUUUCUUUUUUUUAUCAAGUUUUUGUUUCCCUAUGACAUCAGGCUUCUUGAAAUUUUAAUGUACAUUUUACUUUUCUUCAAGUUUCUUUACGUAUAGUUUAGAAUUUUUAUUAGCUAAAUAUCGCUUCUUGUUUUUAACUCAUGAAUCUCAGAUCUAAAAAUUUUGAGUUUUAAAAAAAA